CCGAGCCUCAGGCAUUACGUACUGCACCGCAGUCGCCCGCCCUCGCAAAUGACAGCCGCAGACGACAUGACGGCGCAAGCGUCGCAGCAGAAGCCGCACGACGUCAACGGUUUCUGGAAGACCCGCCACACAGUCUUGAUGCUAAAUUUCCUGGGCCUGGCCGUCAGUUACGCGAUACGCGUCAACAUCUCCGUGGCCAUAGUCGACAUGGUGAACAAUACGGCUGUCGCGAGCCUCUACAGCGAAGGCGACAGUAUUAACAAUUCCUCCAUCGUAACUGAUCCUGACGCCUGCCCCGGAGGACCAAUAGAAGCAGUAGAUAUUGGACGCAAGAGCGGAGAGUUCGUGUGGGAUAAACAGAAGCAAGGCGAGAUUUUAGCCGCUUAUUACUAUGGCUAUACGGUCGGACACAUCCCCGGCGGCCUGCUUGCAGAUCGUUUCGGCGGUAAGAUUAUCUUCGGCGUUGGCGUGCUGGUUUCAUCAGCGCUCUCAAUUCUGACACCACUGUCUGCAUGGGCUGGCGACUACGUAUUGUUCACCAACAGGCUGGCACAGGGCCUCGCACAGGGUGGUAUAAUACCAGCCGUACAGACAUUAAUCUGUAGAUGGGCACCCGAUCACGAAAGAAGCAAGUUUGCCAUUAUUUACAUCGGUAUGUUCGUUGGGCCGUUGGUGUCGAUGGCUUCGACAGGCGCCAUGUGUGAGACGGCGGCGGGGUGGCCUCUGGCCUUCUAUGUGAUCGGCGGCGCCGGUGUGCUGUGGUGCCUGCCAUGGUUCCUGAUGAUUACCGACACGCCAGCGAAACACCCACGCAUAGACCCAACAGAGCGUCGCUACAUCGAGGCUACUAUCAAGUCGAGUGCCAAGAAGAACCUGCCAGUGCCGUGGAAGAGCAUUCUGACGUCACCAGCUCUGUGGGCGCUCGUGUCGCUCAUGAUCACCUUCGACUGGACGUUCUACCUGCUGCUCACCUCAUUGCCGCUUUACAUCGCCAACGUCUUGUUCUUCGAUACACGAAGUAAUGGACUCAUCUCUGCCAUUCCACAAAUCACUGGCAGUGUCGGAGUUCUGUUCAGUGGCUGGCUUAUCGACUACGUCCUCCGAAAAGGGUACAUAUCCAAGAUCAACGGUCUUCGUAUAGUAAACGGAUUAGGAACGCUGGUGCCCGCGGCGACGUUUCUGGUGGUUUCGGUGGUCGGCUGCAACACGGGCGUCAUCAUCGCGCUGCUCGCCAUCAACGGUUUUUGCAUCUCCACCAACGGUGCCGGCCCCUCCAUGAGCAUGUCGGCCAUCGCGCCCAACUACGCGGGGACCAUCGUCGGCAUCGUCAACAUGUUCGCCAACUUAACGGGAAUCGCAGUACCGUACGUCGUCGGCGCCUUCACCAGCGCCAAUCAAACGCGGUGGGCGUGGAACUCGGUCUUCUACGUGACGGCGGCGCUCGCUGCCGUGAACUACACCAUCUACGCCGUCUUCACCAGCGCCGAUGUCCAGCCUUGGAACGAGCCUCCCCCAGCGAAGGAAUCCAAAGAAAGACGCGAGUGCUGUACUGACAACGCGGCUUUCGAGUGUGACGUCACGCAGCAUACUGGACAAAGGCCGGCUAUUCCUUAGUCUUCAUCCACUGUGCACCGUGUUACUGUGCAAUUCUCGCUAUUGAAAAGAGAAAUGUUGAGAGAUAUCGUGGUGGACGUCGCAGAGAUGGAGCGUUGACGCUGGCGAGCGGAAACGUCAUCCCACGGUGUCACGAAGAUCUCGCUGGCGGUCACUGCAACUGCCGCAGUGGUAACGAGGCGAUGCUUCAGCAGAGGAAACUCGACGCCCCGAGGAAGUCGUCGAUGCUUCCACAACACCGUCUCCGCUGCCAUCAGCCUGCGUCAUGUCGCCUGCCAACGUCACAGUUGCCAUUUUAUUUAUUUAUUUAUUGUCAUUUCUUGCGUUGCUACAGUAAGCCAUUUAAAACAAAGAGUGGUAAUAUAUGCUAUGGAAUCGAAUAAAGUGACUCAUUGAUGAA